AUGUUUUGUUCAGACGCCCAAACACUUGCCGAACGUGCAGCUCCUCGAGAGACACCGCCAUGCUUUCCUGAGCAAGUCUACGCCACCUCAAAUGGCAUCGAAAGCGGUGUCUCGACCAUUGGUUUCCGCUCCGGCCGCUACGCUCCCGAGGAGGCGCGAGCUGCUCUAGAGAAUCGGCUUGCUUUGGCGCAGAUGGAUGUCGAUGUUGGGGAAAAAAAUCGCAAUGACAACAAGAAUAUGAUGGCAGAGGCGGAGGAGCGAAGUAAAGCAGAUUUUCGCAAUACCACGGAGCGACUCAGAGAACGUCUCACGGAUUUGCACAUGUGGAAAAAUGAAAUGGAAAAUGAGAUUUUAAAAGUGAUUUCCAUGAAUGAUUUGUUACUCAAUCGGUUGGCGGAGUUGAAUACCAGCCUCAAAGCGUUGGAUGAGUGCGUACUGCUGACCACAGACUGCUUAAACGCUCGACAACGGCGAUUUGGAGAGGAUUUGCAGCAGGAUGAAGUUGAACUUCAACUUAUAAAGGAACUUGACAUACUCAACAAGGCCAUCGCACUGAUUAAACGGUCAAUAGAACAGGUCAAUGAUCAGCUCAACCGAAACCGUACGGCAAAGACGAACUUGGAGAAGGCAUGGAGUGAUAAGCAUGAGGCUGACAUGCUGGACACGGAAGGGGCGCAUCUGACUCCCGAGAGCACCAACAAACAGCACUAUCCGGGCGAGGCCCGCAGCUGGCCUCAGGCUGCUCAGUCUACAGUAGAAUCGUGGACGCAGCACGCCCACGACCUCAUCUUACGGUCAGAGCACGAGCGUAUUGCCAGCGAUCAGCUCCUUCAUCUCUGCGAAAACAUCCUUCACGAUGUUGAGCGUGACGUCAUCCAACAGAAGGACACUGUCAACGCCGCCUUCCAGCGCCGACUGGACCAGUAUGAGUGCGAGAAAAAGAAUCUUACUGAUAAACUCAGAAAGACAUGUGAUGAAAUUCUCAAAAUGGAAAACAGCAUCAAGGAUAUGGAGAAUGCGAUUGUUGCUAAAGAUGCUUACGUCCAGACCGUUCAGACGCGACUUCAUUUGCACAAUCAGCGACAAAACGUCGAAAACUGUCGUGAUCCACCACAAAAAGCAAUGCUAGACGAGAUGCAUAACAUCCAAGAGACGAUUGACAAGCUGAGGAAUCAAUUGUCAAACACGGAAAACAAUCUCAGGCACCUUCAGGAUGAGCAGUUGGCACUAGAGAAGCAAAUUCAUAUGAAGAAUGCUUCCAUUCAAGUGGACCGAGACCACUGCGCUCGGCACCGCAUGCACUUCCCGGCAGCCACAAGACUGCGUGGUCAUUAG